AUGAAUACAACUUUCGAAAACUCGAUACCACUAUUUCAAAUCCAAAGACUACAACCUUUUGCCCAAACAUUGCAACCUUUUGCGGAAAAACUACAACCUCAAACCCAGAAACCACAAUAUCGAAUCCAAAAACCACAAUAUCAUCCAACCUCUACAGUAUUUCGUUUUCAGCUACUUCGAAAACGAUUUGACGAAGAGGUAGCAAGAUCGGAAAAGCAACAACCUCGUAUCGGAGGUUCACUACAACAACCUUCUACCGAGGGUUUACUACAAUAA